GCCUAUAUCCCUCAACCCACCGCGCAAAGCUCGGACGUUGACGGCGGUGUGAACCUCCAAGUCUUCUUCAACGACGCCGAUGGCAUACAAUACUACCUGGGUCUGGGAGUGAAUGAACUCUACCAGUUAUGACAUGGGUCGUUUUUCUUGUUGUAAGUGACUGUAAGUAUACGUUUUUGUUGUAACUGUAAGUAUACAUGUUUUUGUUGUAACUGUAAGUAUACAUAUAAUUAAGGGUUUAAACAUUUCAUUUUUACAAGCCUGUUCUACUUGAGAUUGCUACUGAAAAAUGAAAUGUUUCAACCUUUAAUAUAAUCCUGUACUAGUUUGGUGAGUUCUGCUUUUGGUGACGACGUGGUCUUUCAUGUCGUUGAUAAAGUUAUAGUACUAGCUACCUAGUAGUAAGUUAUGAGUCUUUAUUGCGUAUCAUUCUCACGACAAGGAGUAAUCUUUUUGAGCAGUAACUGUGUUUCCCUGAUCGUCCUGUCUCUUCUAACUCACGGCAGCAUCUCCGCGGAAGGACAGCACGCGUACGAUAGUUCAGGAGAGGUUUUGGUCAGUCGCGGCGCUCCAGCAGAGAAUUUUCGCGGUGUCUUCCGUCUUCUCCACGCCUCGUUGCAACAGAUCCAUCACAACCUCCUUGCCGCAAAUCUGCAACUAGUUGAUCACGAGGUCUAUCAUUUGCAGUGUCC